GUCGAAUUCAAUCAACCAGCCAACGUCUUCCAAAUAAUCAUCCUUCGAGGUGAAAAGUCGCAGAACGCACCAGAAGCCGACGGCUGAACCUCAAAGCGCCGGCGACUCCCCAAAACGAUGGCUUUACAAGCUGGAGUCUCCACCUCAAAAGUUCUCAUCCUCGUUGGAGCAGGUUUGACUGGCUCAAUUGUAUUGAGGAGCGGGCGAUUGUCUGAGCUCAUUUCCCAGCUUCAAGAAUUACUUGGGGGCGUGGAUGAAGUUGGAGUCUCAUCCCAUAAAUAUGAUACUGCGCUAAUUGCAGCUCAGGUUCGACAACUGGCACAAGAGAUCAAAGAAUUAACAUUGUCCAAUCCAGUAACCAUCUUUAAUGGGAAUUCUGCCUCUAGUGGGAGCUUUUCUUCUUAUCUAGUGCCAGCUGCCGCUCUUGGAGCUAUGGGAUAUUGUUACAUGUGGUGGAAGGGUUGGUCAUUUUCUGAUGUAAUGUUUGUAACAAAGAGUAAUAUGGCUAAUGCUGUUGCAACCGUGUCAAAACAAUUAGAGCACGUAUCAGAAACAUUGGCAUCAACAAAGAGACAUCUCUCAAAGAGAUUGGAAACUCUGGACUGGAAGGUGGAGGAGCAGCAUGAAACAUCUAAGUUGAUUGCUAAUAAUGUAAAGAAAAUCAUUUCCUCUUACGUUAAAUACCUACUUUAACUAAUGGAUAAGUUCUCUGUUUUACUCAAGUGAAUGAUC